AUGUUCUCUUGGCUGCAUAGCCUCCUUGUAUUCGUCCCAGUUGGUAUCUGGGCUUUCCUGUCCAACAGGGCGCCUCUAGUCGUCUUCGUGACGAAUGGUAUCGCCAUUGUGCCUUUGUCAUCGCUACUCACCAGCGCCACUGAGAAGAUCGCCGAGGAUGCCGGAGACACGGUUGGAGCACUUCUGAAUAUCACACUGGGUAACUUGGUAGAGCUGAUUUUGUUUGUUGCUCUCAAGCACAACCGAGUCCGUGUUGUUCAGGCCUCAAUUCUCGGUUCGAUGCUCGUCAACCUGCUCCCAAUCCUGGGUGUCGCUCUUUGCGUCACUGGGAUCAGUUACGACGACCCGGUAUUGACUUUUGCCGAGACACAGCUUUUGGUUUGGCUCCUGACUGUCUCAACUUUUGUGCUUUUAAUACCUGCCGCUCUCAAUUUCACACUUAAUGAGACUACCGGAGCAGGUGAUGCCAGGCUGCGAAUGAGUAGAGCAUCGGCCCUCAUGGCUUUGGUGAUAUACGUCUUCUAUGUCAUCCAUGAGAUAAGGGUCCACGCCUCGCCAACUCCAUUCAUCUCCCCGCUGUCACAAGUGUCUGAUAUUGAGCAUCUGACAAGGCCUGAUCUGGCAUGUCCUCGAAUCCCACGGCGUCCUGGAGCAAGCGCUGCGGAGCCCGAGCGCAAAGCCCAUCGGAGAUCAAAUAGCGAAAAAGCGCUUUCUGUCCUGUUGUUGAUAAUCAGCUCGGCCUCGAUGUCGAUGUGUGCCGAGUUCCUUGUCGGCACAAUCGACGAGAUUACACGCCAAGGACAUUUGUCGGAGUCUUUCAUCGGCCUCAUCCUGCUCCCCAUUGUCGGGAACGUGGCCGAGUUCGUUGUUGUUGUGACCGUGGCAUAUAAGGAGAAACUAGAUCUGGCAGUCGCUGUUGCAGUGGGCUCGGCUGUUCAGAUUGCACUCUGCGUUGCUCCCUUGACUAUCAUCGCAUCAUGGAUUAUGGCACGAGAGCUGAGUCUGAGCUUCAGCUUAUUUGACGCAGCUGCAUUGAUAGGAGCAACUGUACUAAUUAACUCCUUUUUUCUCGGCGAUGCAAAUAGCGUUUUACGGGCGAGCAGACUGAAAGGGGCGUCGAUAUGCGCUUGCUACAUUAUAAUUGGGUGA